AUAAUUUAAACAAUGCUGAAAACAUACUUACUUUGCGAAUGGUUUUACAAAGUUCGAUGCCACUCGUCAAUAAAGAUAUUGCAAGCAAUUUGUUAAAAUACGACAAGAAAUUGGGGAAAAAUAAAAUGUGUUUCGAAUGGUUUAAUAGUCGUUUUGUUGAUGCAUUAGUAAAUGGUUAUUGGAUUUUGAUUGAAAAUUUUAAUUGUUGCAGCGUUUUCUUCACGAUAUAUGAUGAUUACGGCAGUGUUUCACGGGCUGUGUGUAAUCGUUCAGUGGAAUUAUACUUACUAAUGAAUGAGCUUGGUUCAAAUUAA